CGUCACAGCGGCCGGGACAGGGAUCAAAGAUGGCGGCGGUGACAAGGGGCUCCUUCACUGUUUUCAGGCGACUGCUGAGUCAGCAGUACCGCCGCCGCUGUUUCCGAACUCAUACCUUCAGGUCAGAGCCCAGUGUCCAGUCUUUAGCCUUCACAAGUGAGCGGAGCCUGCGCAGGGUCAGCUGGAGGACGUUCCACACGGCCAUUGUGAACCAUGGACCCGUUGUACAGUUCAAACUGUCUGACAUCGGAGAAGGAAUCACGGAGGUCACUGUGAAAGAAUGGUACGUGAAGGAGGGGGACAAAGUGUCUCAGUUCGACAGUAUCUGUGAGGUGCAGAGUGACAAAGCAUCGGUGACCAUCACAAGCCGGUACGAUGGUGUCAUCAGGAAACUGUACUAUGAGGUGGACGCCACGGCUCUGGUUGGCACACCACUGGUGGACAUCGAGACCGAGUCUGGAUCAGAGGUGAUCCAAGAGGAGGAUGUGGUGGAGACUCCAGCCAUGGCCCGAGAGGAGCACACCCAUCAGGAAAUCAAGGGACACAAGACCCAGGCCACCCCCGCUGUGAGGCGCCUGGCCAUGGAGAACAAUAUAAAGCUGAGUGAGGUGGUGGGGACAGGCAAAGAUGGCCGUAUCCUAAAAGAAGACAUCCUGAACUUCCUGGCCAAACAAACGGGAGCCAUUUUACCUCCAGCACCGGUCCAGGAGAUCCAGCCCCCACCUCCUGCUCCUGCUGCCAUGGCAACCAAACCACAGAUCCCCAUGGUGACCAAACCUCCCCCAGCCAUGCCCAAACCUGUGUUCAGUGGGAAGGACAUGACAGAGCCGCUCAAAGGUUUCCACAAAGCGAUGGUGAAGACGAUGACGGCUGCACUGAAGAUCCCUCAUUUUGGCUACUGUGACGAGGUGGACCUGAGCCGUUUGGUCACGCUUCGCAAAGACCUCCAGGCCCUCACUGCAUCCCAGGGAGUCCGGCUGAGCUACAUGCCCUUCUUCAUCAAGGCCGCCUCUCUGGGUCUGCUGCACUUCCCGAUCCUCAACGCCUCCCUGGACGAAGCCUGUCAGAACAUCACUUAUAAGGCAUCUCACAACAUUGGACUGGCCAUGGACACGGCUCAGGGUUUGCUGGUGCCUAAUGUGAAGAAUGUGCAGGUGUUGAGUGUGUUGGAGAUCGCUCAGGAGCUCAACAGGCUGCAGAGUUUGGGAGCAGCCGGACAGCUGGGGACGUCUGACCUGAUCGGAGGGACUUUUACUUUGUCCAACAUUGGAUCGAUUGGAGGGACAUAUGCUAAACCUGUCAUUCUGCCUCCAGAGGUCGCUAUUGGAGCUCUAGGAAAAAUCCAGGUGUUGCCGCGGUUCGACUCCUUAGGGAAGGUGCUUCCUGCCCACAUCAUGAAGGUCAGCUGGUCAGCUGAUCACCGCAUCAUUGACGGAGCCACUAUGUGUCGUUUCUCCAACAUGUGGAGGGAGUACCUGGAGCAGCCCGAGCGAAUGCUGCUACACCUCAAAUAGAACAGACUACAUCUCCCAUCAGCCCCUGUUCUCAGAGGGGACUGCACAGCUCAAAAGGGCCCACCCACCACUGGUUCUGGAAGAAAAAUCCCCAUUCAUUUGUUCCAUACAAUAGUAUCAUAAUGCAAUAAUUUCAUUUGAAAACCUAGAUUUCUUACUUUGAUAUAUUUCCUUUUUUUGGUUAUUAUAUAGUUAAAGGCGCUGUACCAGAUUUUUUGUUAAUUUUAAAUGGUUUGUAGUGGUCCAAAGUUAUUCCUCACUUACCUUAUGCAUUCUGAACAUCCUAAUUAUUCACUGUGAUUUAUAAGCAGUUUUCACAACUUUCAGAGACUAGUGCGGAGUUUUGCUAUGACAGUAAAGCUAGCAACAACUAGCUUGGGAACAUGCAUUUCCUGAUUAUUGGCCAAUACGUGUUAUAAUUAGAUGCAGACAGCACACAACAGACUUUAUACCAUAUCUGUACUGUACAUGGUACAAAAUCAGGUACAGGACCUUUAAUAAGACUCCAUCAAACUUUGAAUUCUUCUCUUUCAUUUUCUAUGGGAAAAAUGAAUGGGGAUCUAACUUUUGAAAGCAGAAGUACCCACCCAUUAUUGAAUUUUUUUGGCCUGGUCCCAACAUGUGAAUCUCACAUCUUUCUUAAACCAAUGAGGAGCAGCGGAAGUCCAGUGUGGUUGUUCAUUACACUGUCAACACUAAUAAGAAAAUUAUAUACUAUGAAUUAUGAGGCUCUCCUCAAUAUUAAAGCCUUAAUUUCAUUGUAGUUGCCCUAAAAUACCUUGAAUACCACAGAUCUGACCUGUAACUUGGUUUGGCGGCAUCACCUAAUUGUCUCUCUGAAAAUGUCAUUGUUUUUUAUGGAGGAUUCGAAAUUUUGGCUUUAACUCUAUCUCCAUGGAUUACAGUUUGUACCAAAUAUACCAGAUGGUAGCCAUUUUGUUGUGACCCUCGCUAAGGUAGUCAACCCCCAUUGACCACGCUAGUUACAGUCUUAUUUGGCUGGUUCUGAUGGGAUUUGACUGAUUUUCUCAGAGGAAAACUAAACAAAGAAAUAGUGUAAAGAAAAUUGUUAAAACUACUCACUCAGUAGAAUCAAAGUUUAACUCUCUGCCUCCUUAUUGUUUGCAGUGAAAACACUUUCCAACUUGAGAUCUGCUCUCGUACCGUUUGUAAUUUUUAUAAUGACUGAUCUCCAGGCCCAUACCACUUCCUGUUCUGCGUGCCUGUUACUUUUCCGUGAUGCCUUUGAGCAAGAUUCAACUGGAGUUUGAUUAUUUAGCACAGAGAAGAAUGACAUGAUAUAAGUAAGGGUCCACACUGCGAUUUUGUAUUGGCCCCUGAAUUUGAAAUCAAGCUUUCAAAUACUAAAAUUCUCAACUCAAAAUAUUCUGUAUUUUACAAAAAGUAGCACAAACAACCAGUGUGUAAGUCUUGUUGGCCUUUUGCUUCCUGAAGUCAUGAAUUUGAAAAUUUGAAAAUUUUUAAAGUGCAGAAAUUGUCAACACAAACUAGUCAGUGUAUUUGUCAACGUAAAAAUAUUCUGUCAAAAUGAGAAGCAAAAGUAACACAUACAACCAGUGUGUGAGUCGGACGCACAAGUCACUCUAAAUGUAAAUGUGUGUCUUGUUUUGUCAUAGUUUUCUUUCACUCUUCCAUUUGUGUUUUUAUUUUAUAUUUGUUGUUUUUUGGCAUCAAUCUUAUUCACUCUAGAAUUUCUGGUUGAAAUUUAAGAUAAUGAAGCAAUGGUCAGAAAUGUAUGAAUUCUAUUAACUUGAUUUUUAGUUUAUUAAAAACGGUUGAAUUAUGGUUAAAAAGUUAUUACUCACUCUAGAAUAUAUAUUGUAGUGUCAGACCUACAAAAUGGGAAAAAUAAUAUAGAAUUAAAAAAACACUGAAUCUUGUUGAAUUUAAAGAUGAAAUUAUUAUUCACACUUUGAGUUUGUACAGUCAUAUGUUGAAGUCAUUUCUGUUUCUGUCUCUGGUGAAAUAUCACAUCAUUGUUACACAUUUAGUCUCAUGUUUCUAAUUUAAACUGUAAGAAACAGAUGUCUAAAAUAUUCUACAAAUAUUAGUGUUUUUGUAUUUGGGGAAUUGUAGCUUAUGUUUCAGGCUUCGGACUGAAAAAUCAUACAUGUGUGAAUUGUUUGACUGCUGCUGAAUGAAUUUAAAUAAAGAAAUUAAA